AGGAGCUCUCAGGCCUCCCACCCCCGGACUAGGAGGCGUCACCCCGAACCUUCCCGGGACGCCCCGCAACUACAACUCCCGUCAUGCUCCGAGAGAGCGCCGCCGUCCAGCUUCGGCCAGCAAAAGGCACCGGACCACAUUUCCCGGCGUGCAAAGGGCGACCAUGAGUCUAACAGGAAAGACGGGGCACUUGCCACUAAGCUCACACCCGAUUGGCUGGUCUUGGCGCCGCGGGGCUGUAGUUGUCUUUGGAAAUGGCGGCGCUCUCCGUUUUCGGUAUUACCAGAAGAGGCUUCACAUGGGUGGUUUCAGGGGCGUCGCGCCGGGAAUUUUGGUCUCGAUCCAGAAAAGAGAAAGAGCCUGUGGUGGCUGGGAUAAUAGAAGAGGUGAAGAAGGAGCCUAUCUUGAUGUGUCCCCCUUUACGAAGCCGAACAUACAUACCACCUGAAGAUCUCCAGAGUCGUCUGGAAGCUCGUGUCAGAGAAGUUUUUGGUCAGUCUGCUCCUGGCAGUUGGCAGGACAUCUCCCUGGAAGAUGGUCAUCAGAAGUUUAGUCUCUUGGCACAAUUAGCUGAUGACUUGGGCCAUGCGGUACCUAACUCCAGACUUCACCAGCUGUGCAAGGUCAGAGACGUCCUUGAUUUCUACAGCGUCCCUGUUCAAGAUAGAUCUAAAUUUGAUGAGCUGGUUGCCAGUAAUUUGCCUCCCAAUUUGAAAAUCACUUGGGGUUAUUGAAAAGUUCAAAGGAGGAGCACAUUCAAAUCUUUUUCCCCUCUGAACAAGGGGGCUACUUAUUAGACCUUCAAUACUUCACUGUGUGAAAUGCUACCUGAACUGUUCUCUAUACCCACAAUCUAUGGAAGAAUAUACAUGUUUUUUUUUUUCUUUGUUUGCCUCAUUUCACCACAAAUUGACAAAAAGAAAGAACAAAAAUACCAAAAAAAAAAAAAAAAUAGCGUUUUUUUUUCACAUUUGCUGAAACAGAAUCAGUUCAUUAAUAAAUUAUGAAAAUUUUCUUCUCUGGAGGAUGCUAUAAUUAACUUGGGUUUAAGACAGGAUGCCAUUACAAUUUUAGAUGUAGUUUUUCCCCAUCAUAGACAUAAAAUAUUUGCAAGAAAAUGUUUUAAUACUGUUUGGACUCUUAAAUCUAAAGACGGUAUUGUAUAUAGUACAUAUUCAAAGAAGGAAACUUGCAUUAGGUUAGAUAUCUAUAAAAGAAACAUAAAAGACUUGUAUAUUAAAGGAAGUUGUUUCUUUUACUUACAUUGCACAAGCAGAAAUUGUAGAAAGUGGUACUGUGCAUUUUGGAUUAGCCUCUUGGAAUUAAAGUAGAUUUCUUAAAGUUUA